AUGGUUCGUUACGUGCCCCGUUUCGCUGAUGGUCAGAAAGUGAAGUUGGCUUGGCCCUUGGCUCUGUUUCGGUUGAAUCAUAUAUUCUGGCCCUUGGAUCCGAGUUCGGGAAAGUGCGCCCGCUAUCUGGAUAAGAUUCUGGCAGUUCUGGGCAGCUUAAUAUUUCUGCAACACAACGAUGCAGAGUUGAGGUAUUUGCGCUAUGAGGCUGGGAAUCGAAAUAUGGACGCCUUUCUCACUGGCAUGCCAACGUAUUUGAUUCUGGUGGAAGCUCAAUUCAGGAGUCUUCAUAUACUCCUUCAUUUCGAGGAGCUGCAGAAGUUUCUUCAAAUAUUCUACGCCAAUAUUUAUAUUGAUCCACGAAAGGAACCUGAAAUGUUUCGAAAAACUGAUGGAAAGAUGCUAAUAAAUCGAUUGGUUUCCGCCAUGUAUGGAGCGGUAAUCUCUGGUUACCUAAUCUCUCCCGUGUUUUCCCUCAUCAACAAAAGGAAGGAUUUUCUAUACUCCAUGAUCUUUCCAUUUGAUUCGGACCCUUUGCACAUUUUUGUGCCACUGCUUUUGAGUAAUGUAUGGGUUGGCCUUAUCAUAGAUUCCAUGAUGUUUGGGGAGACAAGUUUGCUGUGUGAAUUGAUUGUGCAUCUAAAUGGUAGCUAUCUGUUGCUCAAAAGGGACUUGGAAUUGGACAUUGAAAAGAUUUUGAUUGCCAGGGAGCGUCCUUUUAUGGCCAACCAGCUGAAGGAACUUAUUAUCAAAACUCUCAGAAAAAAUGUGGCUCUCAAUCAUUUUGCUCAGCAAUUGGAGGCUCAGUAUACGUUGCGGGUUUUUAUAAUGUUCGCUUUUGCAGCUGGUCUCUUAUGUUCCCUUUCUUUUAAGGCUUAUACGAAUCCCAUGGCUAAUUACAUAUAUGCCAUUUGGUUUGGAGCUAAAACUGUGGAGCUGCUUUCCCUAGGACAGAUUGGUACCGAAUUGGCUUAUACUACCGAUUCUCUUAGCUCGAUGUACUACUUAACCCAUUGGGAGAAAGUCCUAGAGCACUCUACAAAUCCCAAGGAAAAUCUGCGAUUGCUCAAACUCAUCAACGUUGCCAUUGAGAUGAAUAGCAAGCCCUUUUAUUUGACGGGACUGAAAUACUUUAGUGUUAGUCUGGAUUCUGGCAUAAAAAUUCUGAAGGCAGCCUUCUCGUACUUCACUUUUCUCACCUCGAUGCAGCGUCGACAAAUGAGCAAUUAA